CCUCUGUAAGUCAACUCUCUGUUUGUCUCUACAUACAUCCAUCCAUCUAUCUUUGGAUCGUCAUUUUCUCUUUGUGGACUAAAGUUUAAGAGAGAACAUGGGUGUAUUUCCUGGAUUUGGUAGCUGGAUCAAUCAAAACACUCAACAGCUUCCUCACAAGGUCAGUUUCAUUUCCAUCAAUUAUACAACCCGAGAACUCAAAACAAAUAAACAAUCAAUAGAUAAUGAUUAUGUUUGUUGUUGUAGGCAGAGUCCGAGAGAUCUGAGAAUGCGAAAUUUAAGUCAAAGUCAGAGACAAACACUCAUGAGGCGAGAGAUGAAAUGAAACAGCAAUUAAAACUUUGGAGAGAUACAGAGAAGAAGGAACAAUGGAAUGAUGCUCCUCCUAAUGUGAAGGUGGAAAGAAGAAAUGAUCUAGAAUGGGGUAUGUCAACUAUAGAAAUGCAAUUUACAUUAGGAUUGCCUCCUCAAGCAGCUUACAACGUUUUAACUAAUCCAGACAACCAACCAUACUUCAGAAUCAUCAAAGGACGCCAACUUUUGGAAAACAUAUCAAGAAAAGUUGUGUCGCCGGAUACCGGGAAAGGGCAGCUUGUGGACACCAAGAAAGCUGUGGCCUGGAACUUCCUUUGGUUAUCUGGAACUAUCCCGAUAAUUGCAAAUUUUAUCGAACACCGACAAGUCCUUACCGUACAAUAUACGGUAAAGAAUAAGAUGUUCAUAAACAUGUUUGUCAGUAUAAAGUGGAGCCGCUAUACGUAGAUUCAGAACGCUUGUGCAAACAAAAGAAGCCGAAGAGUACAGAAGAAUACGAAAGAUGUAGCCGCGGACAAGGAAGGAUUGGGUCGAAAGUGACAUUGGACCAGAUGUUUAAGCCUUCUUUUAUUUUUAAUCUGCCACCGAUUUCUUGGUACGUUCGUCGGAUAACCAUCAAGACCAUGAAAACUCUGAUCGAAGAUCUUCAAAUUACAAGUGCCAUGAUCCGAGGUAUUUGAAACGUCCCAAAUCCGCUACAAAUUGAUAGAACAUCAAAUAAAGUUAUAAAAUCACUUUUUA